AUGGCGUCGAGUUUAGUUGGCGCAUCGUUGCACUUUCUCCGUCGACAAGCCGAAGAGCUUGACCCCGACGACGCUGCUCCUGAGGCCGGACAAAAAGAGAUCUUCUCAUCAUGGGCGCUGUUCAUCCUGAUCAUGCUGCUCAUCGCAGCUCUGUUUACGAGCUACAUACUGCAGCAAAAGAGAAUUCAAGCAGUCCAUGAGACUGUGAUAUCUAUAUUCGCAGGAAUGGUCGUUGGGCUGGUGAUACGCAUUACGCCUGGGACCGCGAUACAGGAUACUGUCAGCUUUGAUUACCAAUUUUUCUUCAAUCUGCUCCUGCCGCCCAUCAUUCUGGCUUCAGGUUACGAGUUACAUCAGGCCAACUUCUUCCGCAACAUUGGUACCAUCUUGACUUUCGCCUUUGCUGGGACCUUCAUUUCGGCGGUGUCACUCGGCCUGAUCCUGUGGUUGUGGACCAGGAUCCCAUUCGAUGGCCUGACCAUCACCUGGGUAGAAGCCAUUUCCGUGGGUGCGACCCUGUCUGCUACCGAUCCCGUCACCAUCCUAGCCAUCUUCAACCUCUACAAGGUCGAGCCAAAGCUGUAUACGGUGAUUUUCGGAGAAUCCAUUCUGAAUGACGCCAUCGCGAUUGUUCUGUUCGAGACUGCGCAGCGGUACCGUGAGGGCGCAUCAGGGAAUCUGAGCGUCAUCAGUCUCUUUGAGGCCAUCGGCAUCUUCUUGCUCGUGUUCUUUACCUCCUUGUUGAUUGGUGUCAUUGUGGGUGUUGGCACUGCUUUAACGUUGAAGUACACCCUGGUUCGAAGGUUCCCAAAAAUUGAAAGCUGUCUCGUCGUUUUGAUCGCCUACGCAAGCUAUUUCUUCUCCAAUGGCGUGCACAUGUCAGGCAUCGUGUCCCUCUUAUUUUGCGGUAUCACACUCAAACAUUAUGCAUAUUACAACAUGUCGAGGCGAACACAGCUUACCACCAAGUUUAUCUUCCAAAUCCUUGCACAACUAUCCGAAAACUUUAUCUUCAUCUAUCUCGGUCUCACUUUAUUCACAGAGACCGACCUUGUCUUCAAACCACUAUUCAUCUUGGUCGCAGUCAUGGGCAUAUGCGCUGCACGGUGGCUAGCAGUCUUUCCUCUGUCCAAGGCGAUCAACUAUAUUAUCCGCCUUCGUGCGAAGAAGAGGGGGCGAGAUGUCGCUGAUGAGCUUCCUUGGCACUAUCAGGCCAUGCUCUUCUGGGCUGGUCUGCGAGGUGCUGUUGGUGUCGCCCUUGCCGCCGGUCUACAGGGCAAUGAAGGCCCCGCCCUUCGUGCGACAGUCCUUGUCGUAGUGGUGCUCACCGUCAUUAUAUUUGGUGGUACAACAGCACGCAUGCUCGAGAUUCUGGGAAUCCGAACGGGGGUCGUGGAAGAAAUUGACUCGGAUGAUGAGUUCGACAUCGAGACCGCCAAUGGUGGCACAUAUUACAAGCGAUCCGGAACUGGAUUCGGACACCAUCCCAGACCCACUAACAUCGGUCUAGAUUAUAUAGAGAACAGCACGAACCGCCGGUCUGGUCAUGCAAAUGGCUCGGCUUCCCACCCGCGUUCUGACAGAGGCUAUAGCAGCAGCAACGGCGCCUCUCCUCCUUUUGACAAGCCCAAACGUGCCGGGAGUAACCGUAAGAACUCUAAUAUCAGUCAGCGUGAGCGAGAGAUUACUGCUCAGCAAGGAAAGCUACUUGAUCACCAUGGCGGGUCGACCAGCGAUGACGACGAGGACGCCAUCGACCUUGAUCUUCCCCCUGCGGCACCCAGACGGAAGCCAUCACCCCUGGCAGGAUUCAGUGGCAAUCCUUAUGCCCCUCCCCCACGGACGAGAUCUGCUCCAAAUAUUGUGCUCAACGAUGGAGAGCAUGGAACAGACGGGGAUAUGGGUGUGGCCGGAUCUACGACCGGUGGAACGUCGACCCCCUUGUCAGGUCCAUUGGGGAGCAACAGCAUACGCAAUCUUUUACGUGGAGCGACGGCCGAUCACACAGCGUGGUUCAGACAACUGGAUGAGGAUUUCAUCAAACCUCAUCUAUUGCUCGAUCAGCAUCAAGGCCAAGGCAAAGGGCCACCGUCCGCCUAA